UAAAGGAUCGUUGUCAUGUCUUCAUUUAGAAAUUACAACGACUCCAGAUUGUAUAAACCUAGGACUAAUGUGGGUACUAGCAAUUUUGGAAGAAAUUUAUCAUCCAUUAAUAGUCUAGGUUCAAAAAAUUAUGAAAAAGAUAGAUUACGUCCGUCAAGAUCAUCGAUUGAUGAUUUAAGAUCAAAAAGUCCAGGUGUCAGUGGACGAACAACGUCGAUUGUUGAAAAAUAUUCAUCACCAAGUUCUGGUAAUUCGGAUAUUCAAUUUUCAAAAUUGGACAAAUAUAGUCGUGCAUCGCCAAGAGCAACAAGCAGAGAACCGGAAGUCACUGGAUGUUAUCGUUCCAGUACAUAUCCUGGUUCAAGUAUCAGUAGAAAUUUUGGAAACGAAAGAAGAACUGAAAAAAAAGAAAGAACUGAACUUCCGUCAGUUUCAUAUCGAAGCAUUCGAGCAAGUUCCGGAAGAAGUUCGCGUGAACCAAGCCCUGACGUCAGUAAUCCGAAAAUAAAUUCCUUAAAAAUGUACAGCACCAGAACCCCAUCUUACGGCAGACACAGUGUUUCUUCCAAUGUAUCUGAACCUUCAUCAGAUUCUUUGUCAAGAUGCGCCUCAUCAACAGGAGGAAGAUAUUCAUUAUCAUCGCGAAACAGUUUGGAUCGUUUUCCAAGUACAAUAAAUUACUCAAGCACAGACAGAAUUCGAACAAACAACAAAUCUUUAAAAGACGAGGAAGAAGUUAAAAAUAAAGCAAAGAAUAGUGGUAGACAAUUACAUCAAGACGAGUUGGAUAAAAAUGUCAGGCAUUUGAAUCAGUCAAGUGUAAAUGAAAUCGAUGAUAAAAAAAAGACAGACAAAAGUGGAACAGUUUCGUUGAAAGUUGUUUCAAGAGGUACAUCACCAACUCAGCCAACAUUGCAAGGUGAUUCUCGAAGAUUGGAUAAAAUUUUUGAAAAAGAAGUACCACGAAUUCAAAAGUCAUUGAAUACAAAAGAUGAGGAGGUACAAGUUGAUCGUAAUGAUGAUUCAAGAUUUUCACGAUAUUCUGGAUCUAGUAGAAUUACCAGUGCACCAUGGGCCACAUAUCUCGAUAGAUUUAAUUCAUCAUCCACAUCACCGAGAAAUUAUACAGUAUCACGUUUAACUAAUUAUGGAUAUUCAAGUCCAACAUCCUCAAGAAGUGAUGCUUCAAUUAAAUCUAAUCGCGAACAGAAAAUUAAGCCAAAGGAAAAAAAAAACAGUGACUCUAAUUCAAAAACAAAUUCAGCGUCUAAUUUUUCUAAAAGUUCGGAAUCGAAAAAAAGAAAAUCAUCAACAGACGAUUCAAUAUCAAAAAGUGAUACCUCAUGCCAAUUGGAUUCUUUGACAGAGGAAACAAAAUCAAAAAAAUCAGAUGAAAAUGAAAUUCUCAAAGGCCAAGGGAAAGAUUUUCAACAUAGGUCGGACAGUGCAUCAUCUAAGUCAAAGUCGAUAUCACGAAACAGUAGCUCGUUAAAAAACUUAUCUCGUCAAAUGACGCGUACCGACUCGUCAGAGGGUUCCGUUGUCAGUGUGCCAACUGGCAGAUUAAAAUCUUCGUCGUCAACCAAUUCCAUGACGAAUCAUAGCGCAAAAAUAAAGACAAUGUCUCCGUUGCCUGGGAAAUUGUCGAGUUCUUCAGUUAGUUCGCGGCAAGUAAAUUCAUCGGACACGCGUGGAAAACCACCUGUUGCAAUGAAAAAUACAACACAAUUUCCCAUUAAAUAUGUUAAUAAAGACUUUCGUAAAUCAGUGCUUAAUAUGGAAAAUGGUGAUCCAAUGCGAUCACAAAAAACACAGAAAAAAUGUCAAAGAAGCAUGUCAACGAGUUCACAAGAUUCGGAAUCAAUUUCCGAAGCUACAAAAUCCAAUUCAAAAAUUGAGAAUAAAGAAAUUGAUAAUAAUAUAAGAAAUAAUUUGAAAAAAAAUUGUGAAACAAGUUCAACAGAAUCGUCUGCCAGUGAUGAGGAAGAAAUAAAUCAACAAAGAUCAAGUUCGAGGAGACGAAGAAGAGCAAGUGAAUCGCCAUUUCCCGAGGGAAAAAGUCACAUGAGCACUGGAUCGUCGAGAACAAGUAUAUUGGCAUCGUCUGCUGAUGAAUUAUCCUUGACAAUGGAUAAACCACCGCGACCACCUCCAAGUCCAAGAUUGAAGAAUGACAGAAAUGGAAAAACCGAAGAAGCCAAAUGUUUUUUAAUGAGAGCAUUAGCACCCGUUACUGGACUUUUUAAAGGCAAAUCAGAAACAGGAGAAAUAAAAGCAGACGGCUGGGUACAUUCCAAUGACACUAAUUCUGGUUCUACUAGGAUAUCAUCACAAAAUUUAUCCAAAAGUUUUAAUUCGGAGAAAAAUUUACAAACAAGUAAAAGUAAUUCAAAAAUUCGACAUCAAAAUUCAGGUGAAAGACCAUGGUGGAUGGAUUCAAAUUCUGAUAAUGUACCCGAGGGAAUAGAGAAGAAUGAUGAUAUUAGUCAGGAAACAACUGUUAGCACAAAUUUACCAGACGAUGGUAAAUUUAAAUUCAAAGUCUGGCGUCAAGAUUCCGAGGAAAAAGCAUGGUGGAUAGAUGAAGAGGAUAAAAAAUCUUCAUUAAGAAGAGGAUCGAGUCAAUGUAGUUUAAAAUCAAAAUCAAGUGAUAAAUUAAAUCAUCUUAAGCAUCAAAAAUCUGGUGAAAGAGCCUGGUGGAUGAGUGAUGAUCCACACAAUGUUCCUGAUGGUGUUGUAAUUAUUCCCGUUUCAUCGUCAAAAUCAAAAUCAGAGGAAGAAUCAUUUCCAAAAACAAUUGGUAGAAUUAGACAAAUUGAAUCUGGAGAAAGAGCAUGGUGGAUGGAUGAAGAUGAUAAAAAAUCAUCAUCAAGAAGAGGAUCGAGUCAAGAUUCAUCAGGCUCGUAUGAGAGAAUUGAUAUCGAUGUUGAAAAUGAAAAAAAGCGAGGUCUUGCGAAAUUUCCCAUCGAAUUUCCACCACCGCCACCACCUGAUGAACCUCUUGGAGAUCGAGCCAGUCCAGAAGGGGUUGAAAAUCCUCCAGAGCCACCGGACAGUUAUGGUGGACGUGAUUCUCCAUAUGACAAUAAUCCAAUGACAGUGACCAAUAAACCACGCAAAAGGCCAUCGACUCUUCCUCCUUUUAUUGGAACUCAUACGAAUAUUGAUGAUCUCCUGGGUUAUGAAAUAAGUCCGAGUCACAGUCCAAUAUUAUCUCGAUUGCGUCGUCAGAAAGAUUUUCCAGAAUCAUCAGAUGACAGCAGUGAGUGCGAGGAAAUAGAUGCAAAUCAAGUUAUCAUUCAUGACAGCACACCAAAAACAUCUGUAAUUCAACGAAGAAAUAGAGAUUCAGACAGACCUCAACCCGAUGGCUACAUUCCGCUCGAUGACACUGCUCUUCAACUGUACAAAGAUGGUGAUUAUGGAGCGUAUUUGGACCUUGAGGCUUCCAUUAGCGAACAACAGGAAGAAUUCGAAGGAUUUCAAACAAACCGAAAGAACUCAAUCGUUCUCAGGACCCAGCUAUCCGUACGAGUUCACACCAUCAUAGAAAAAUUACUGAACAGCGAGGGUCGCGAACUCAGACGAGCUCUUUUCUCCCUUAAGCAAAUCUUUCAGGAAGAUAAAGAUCUGGUGCACGAAUUUGUACAAAAUGAUGGACUGGCGUGUCUUAUCAAAGUUGGCAAUGAGGCUGAUCAAAAUUACCAAAAUUAUAUACUACGUGCGCUGGGUCAGGUGAUGCUUUAUGUGGAUGGAAUGAAUGGAGUAAUGGAACAUGGUCAAACUGUACAAUGGCUGUACACAUUGAUCGCUAGUCGUUUUCGAUUGGUGGUAAAAACUGCCCUUAAAUUAUUGCUUGUUUUCGUUGAAUAUGUUGAGACAAAUAGUUUGCUAUUAGUGAGAGCAAUAAGGUCCAUUGAUACAUCACGAGGAAUGAUACCAUGGACCAAUGUGAUGAAAUUAUUAAAAGAUUAUGAUGCCGCCGACACGGAAUUACUUAUAUAUGCAACAACACUUGUCAACAAAUGUCUAAAUGGAAUACCAGAUCAGGAUACAUAUUAUGAUCAAGUUGAUUGUUUGGAGGAACAAGGAAUUGAGGGUAUUAUCCAAAGAUAUAUGUCUAAGCAAGGAACCGAUUUAGAUCUUCUUCGACAAUUUCAAAUUUAUGAAGCCGUAUUACAUCAUGAAGAUGGUAAUGACAGGGAUUUUCCAAUUAGACAACUUGAUGAUAAUAUUAGGAAAACUCUUCGAAAUCGAAAAUCCCUGAUGGACUCACAUGAGCGGAGAAAAUCACGCAGGCACUCUACUGGAACAUCGCCACUAUCGAUGACUCUAAAUGCACGUUUGAGUCCUCGAUUAAACAAUUCACUUGGACUGAGUUCAUUGAACAAUACUCUGAACAGUAGCUUAAACAAUACUCUACACUCGAGUAUUCCCGAUGACGAUGAUGAGUCGAGUAGUUCACAAAGUUCUCAAGGCCUCGGUGAUGUUCAAAUGAAUGGCAGCUACAAGGAGAACAAACUUACCUAUUCAGUAGAUGUUGGUGUAACUCCUGCCCUAAGAAGACGAAGGGAGAGAGCUGAAAGACAAAAAAGUUUUAUCAGAGAGCAACAGGAGGCAACAGCAAACAUGAGAGCUUCCAUUGGACACCCGGGUGAUCAAGAAAGUCCUUUCACAACAAAUGGAUUGCGCUAUACAAAUGGCUCAUCUUACGAUAGAAAUGUCGAUUCAACAUCCAAUAAAUUAUCAAGGGUAAACAGUAGAAAGGAUUUAACGCCAUUAAUGAAUGCGGCUAAUAAAUUAAAUUCCGAGGAAAAGAAACCAUGGUAUGGAAGAAGUCCCGACGAAGGAGUUGAAUGCGACGAUGGUAACCAGUCUGACGAUGAUCAAGAUCGUCGAGUAGUUUUGCAAUUGAAAAGAGAAGGCACCGUGAAAGAUUUAACGCAGAAACUUGCGGCACAAAAUUUAAUUCCAAGUAGUCCUGUAGAGGAAAAAGUUUCCAGAAUUGGUGACAUGAGUGGUUUAAUAUCAAAAGCAAAGGAAGGAUUGGCAAAAUCAAAAUCAAAAGCCGAUAUUGUGAAAUCGCCGACAAAUGAUAAUUUACCAAAAUUAGCGGAAGUUAAAAAAUCAGAGAACGAACUUCAUUGGGAGGAAUUGAUAAAUAAAUUAAAAAGGCCACUUUGUCUAUGUGAUUUAGAUUUUACGGAUCUCAAUACAGAUGAUGAAAUCGAUGUUCUUGGUCCUGUGAAUGUGUCAAAUGGAGUGCCACCGCCACCGCCUCCAAUGGUUCCACCUCCCGCGGGUUAUCGAGCACCUCCACCGCCGCCACCCGGUGCUCGAAUACCGCCACCCCUUCCAAGUGGUGGUCCACCACCGUUAUUUGAUGUUAAUCUUCGUUCAAUACGAACCCACACCACUGAGUCUAAUAAUUCACCAAAAAGUCCUCCUCCAAAUUUGAAUAAAAAAAAUAAAAAAACUGUUAAACUUUUUUGGAAGGAGGUAAGAGAUGAUCCUAUUAUUCUUUCGAGGCUCGAUCAAAAUAAAAUGAUAUGGGAUGAACUUUCGCCAAUUCCUGUUGAUACACAAAAAUUGGAGCAUCUUUUUGAAAGUAGAGCAAAGGAUUUAAUUACAAAGGAGAAACAACAGGAAAUGAAUAAAAAUAAAGAGAUUAUUGUAUUGGAUCACAAGAGAUCGAAUGCAAUUAAUAUUGGAAUGACAAAAUUACCACCUCCAAGAUCAAUAAAGACUGCUAUUUUAAAAAUGGACGCUACAAUUAUGAAUCGAGAGGGCAUUGAAAAGCUACUUACAAUGUUACCAACCGAAGAGGAAAGAUCGAGAAUACAAGAGGCGCAGGCCGCCAAUCCAGAUCUUCCUCUAGGAUCUGCCGAGCAGUUCCUUCUUACUUUAGCAUCUAUUUCUGAAUUGCCCGCAAGACUGAAAUUAUGGGCCUUUAAACUCGAUUUUGAAAAUUCGGAAAAGGAAAUUGCUGAUCCUUUGAUGGAUUUGAAGCAGGGAAUGGAGACAUUGAGAGUGAAUAAAACUUUUCGCGGAAUUCUGAGCACGCUUCUUUCAAUCGGGAUAUUCCUCAACGGAAAUGAGGUGAAAGGAUUUCAGUUAGAGUAUCUUACAAAAGUACCUGAAGUCAAGGAUACGGUUCACAAACACUCUUUGCUUCAUCAUCUUUGCCAUAUGGUAAUGGAAAAGUUUCCCGAUUCCACAGAUCUGUAUUCAGAGAUUGGAGCUGUCACGAGAGCUUCAAAGAUAGACUUUGACGAAUUGGCUUCCAAUAUUUUCAAACUAGAAAGCGAGUGUAAAGCGUCUUGGGAUCAUUUAAAAUUAAUUGCCAAACAUGAUGGAUCCACGAUGAUGAAAGUCAAAAUGUCGGAUUUUCUUGCUGAUUGCGCGGAAAGAAUUAUUGUUCUAAGUAUUGUUCAUAGGCGAAUUAUAAAUCGUUUUCACAAGUUUGUCCUUUGGUUGGGUAUACCAUUGCAUCGUGUACAAGACACUAAACCAAAUGAAUUUUGUAGAAUUGUUUCUGAAUUUGCCCUCGAGUAUAGAACAACGCGAGAGCGAGUGAUUCAACAGCUAGAGAAAAAGGCCAAUCACAGAGAGAGAAAUAAGACAAGAGGCAAAAUGAUCACUGAGGUUGGGAAAUUUAGAACGAAAGAAGAUAGAGCCGAUGCAGAACUCAGGCAAUUACUUGGUAGCGAUAUUUCCGAUGUUGAGAGUUUACAUGGAACACUUCCCUGGAGGAGACAGAGAAAAGAAGGUCGUACGUCAUUGGGUCCUUUGUUGAGGGAUGAAACAACAAAUGGAAACUUAACGGAUGGAGACGACGAAUUACUCGAGUGUCUUGUAAAAACGGCCACUAAGUUACCUACAACUCGUGCAACGCCGAGGGAACGCAAAAGGACCCGACACGCCGAUCGUAAGUCUUUGAAACGAUCGCGAACUAGAGAGAACAACACAACGCCGGAAGGGUAUAGGCCCUGAAGGAGAUCCGAUAAUUUUACUUCCUGUAAAAGAAGUGCGUAGAACGUUGAAGAACGGUCUUUCGGAAGAGGAAAAGAAGCACAUCGCCGCAUAUAUAAAGGGCUAUUGACUGUGAUAAAAACUUGCCCGAAGACUAUAUAUAUAUAUAUAUAUUCGUCCUCCUACUUUGAUCUAAAUGUUCAUUUUUAAUGAUCGAAAUCUUAUUCGACAAGUCUGACAGAUGAAGGAUGAUGAAAAAUGUAUGCGUAGUGAUACCAAGAACGUGGUAUGAAAUUAUAAAAUGCUAUCUUUUUUGUUUUCCCAUUGGAUAAAAUCCGUUUUUAAUAAUUAAUUUAUAAAAUCAGAAAUUAUUUUUUUGAUCUUUUUUUUUCAAUAAUUUGCUAAUUUGUUAAAUUAAAUUAUAUAUUUUAAAUUGAAUUCAACAUUUGUUUGUAAAUUCAUUGAGGACAAUGAUUAAAUAAUUAAAACUGCAA